GCAGGCGCGAUCUGUGCUGAUGUCGCAUUCAGGUUCUUCACAUAAGCUCGUACAAGCACGCUUCGUCUUGCCUUUGGUCCACCAAUGACAUCUAUUAAUAGACUCUUUUACAUAGUAAAUGAAAAAAUUCCCCUUUCUUUCUCUUAUUUCAGUCUUUUGUCAUGUCUGUUUAUUUGUUAGCAGCAAUGUCAUAUGUUCUGUUUUCAAAAAUAUAAGUCACACUAGGUUUACAACAAACCAAACAACAUAAGAACGAUAUUGCCAGCGAUUUUGCCCCCCCCUCCUCCAAAAAAGACUAGAAUCUAAGGGGGUAACUGAUGUACUUGUCUUUGUACUUGUCAAGGUCAAGAACGACCAAUCAAGUGCAUACCUUUGUAUGUAAACAAAACAGAUUACACUUUGGUUUGUUAAUAGUAAAUAGGAAACAGCUAUUUAUGAAAAGAGUAAUGUAAAUAUAACAGAAAUAAAAACAAUAAAGCCGAUUUCACAUUUUCUAAUACUAGGAAUGUCCUAGUAGGACAUUCUCCCACAGAACAUAAAGGCAGCAAAGUACAUCUCCACCAUCCCUGCUGUCCCCAGAACACUGAGCCGCUACACUCCAGGUGGAAUGGACGUAUUCUCCGCUACUCCCGUUCUCAGUCCGCCAGAGCCGCGGGGAAAGCCAGGCCCGACAUGACAGCGUCUGCACGGGACAAGAAAUUCUGCCAGCAGUCGGGGGUGACCGUCCGUCCGGAGACGGUGUGGGCUGCGGGUCGCUACAUCGCGCUGGCCGCCCUGUGUAUCCUGUGUAUCCUGUGCUAUAGCAACUCUCUCCACGGGGAGUUGGUGCACGACGAUGUGUGGGCUAUCGUCAACAAUCCGGACGUCCGACCUGGCUCCAGCCUCAGAAACAUCUUCAGCGACGACUUUUGGGGCAAGAGGAUGGCGGACAACACGAGCCACAAGUCUUACAGACCGCUGUGCAUCCUCACAUUCAAGUUGAACAUCGUGCUGGGUGGUAUGACACCUCUGUAUUUCCACAUUGUCAACAUGUGUUUGCACUGCACCGUAACCUGCCUGCUGAUGCACGUAUGCCAAUGUCACGUGUUUGAAAACCGAUGCCUGGCCUUCGUCACGGCGCUCCUCUUCGCCGUGCACCCUGUCCACACCGAGGCUGUGUCUGGUAUCGUGGGCAGAGCUGAUGUCUUGGCCUGUCUGCUGUUUUUGCUGACAUUCCUCUCCUAUAUUAGGAGUGUGAGUGGGCGUAUCUCUGAGGACUCGCUGGCCUUCACAGUGUCGUCAUCUUCGCUGUUCCUCAGUUUGUUGCUGGGCACCUGUGCCAUGCUGGUGAAAGAGACGGGGAUCACCGUGUUUGGAGUGUGCUUGCUCUACGACGCCCUGGUGCUUUGCCGCAAGCCUCUCAUGUAUCACCUGUCUAGUUCUACACUCAGGGAGCUCCUCCACAUCUGUAGCCCCUUCAUCAAACGAGCCUGCCUUAUCACCAGCUAUGUAGUGAUCAUCGUGUCUUUCAGGCUUUGGCUGAUGGGAGGAUCCAUGCCGCUUUUUUCUGAACAAGACAAUCCCGCGUCCUUUUCACCUCAUUUUCUCACCAGGUUUUUAACCUACUCAUAUUUGCUGUCCUUUAAUGCCUGGUUGCUGCUGGCCCCCAUUGUGCUGUGUUAUGACUGGCAGGUUGGCAGCAUUACCCUGGUGGAAUCGCUGGGUGAUGUGCGCAAUGUGGCCACUAUGCUGCUGGCUGUAGUGAUGAUUGCUUUAUGCCUGCACUGCAUCUUUUCACUGCAGAGGCGAGACAGUAGGGAGGUGUUGGUGGGAUUGUUGUUUCUGGUGUUUCCCUUCAUUCCUGCCAGUAACCUGUUCUUUAGGGUUGGAUUUGUCGUGGCUGAAAGGGUUCUCUACAUGCCGAGUAUGGGUUACUGUAUCCUGGUGGCUCAUGGACUUGGUCGUCUGUGUUCGUCAGUUGGCCGUUGGGGCACCGCAGUUCUCAGUGUGUCCAUGCUGCUACUGGUCCUGCUGUUCUCAUGGAAGACUGUCCAUCAGAACAAUGUGUGGCUCUCCAGGGAGGCCCUGUUCCUUUCUGGUAUCCAGACGCUGCCUCACAAUGCCAAAGUCCACUACAACUAUGCCAACUUCCUGAAAGACACCGGUCGGCACCAGGAGGCAAUUCACCACUACGCCACUGCCCUCAGGUUAUACCCCCGUCAUGCCAGUGCCAUGAACAAUCUUGGCACUUUGACUCGCAGCCCAGAGGAGGCAGAGAUGUACUACAGGAAAGCACUGGAAACCAACCCUCAGCACAACCGAGCUCUGUUUAACCUGGGAAACCUCUUUAAAUCUCAGGGGAAGGAGAAAGAAGCUGAGGCUCUGCUCAAAGAUUCGAUUCGCUUUGGUCCACACUUUGCUGAUGCUUACUCCAGUUUGGCAUCACUCUAUGCUGAACAGAAACGCUUUUCUGAAGCCAAUGAAGUUUAUUUAAAAGGUAUAGAGAACUGUCCUGACAGCUCCGACCUGCAUAACAACUACGGCGUGUUUCUGGUGGAUACAGGAGAAGGACAGCGGGCAGCCGCUCACUACCAGCAAGCUGUGCGACUCAAACCGGCACAUUACGUAGCCAUGGUAAACCUGGGCCGUCUGCUCCGAUCGUCCAAUGAGAAUAAAGAAGCUGAGUCUUGGUACAAAAGGGCACUGCAGGUGACAAGGAAGGUGGACAUUCUGACACCACUUGGAGCAUUAUACUACAACACAGGUCGCUACGAGGAGGCUUUGCAGGUGUACAGAGAAGCUGUGGCCCUGCAACCGGAGAGCACCGACAUCUGGCUGGCUCUCGCUCAGGUUUUAGCAAUGGCUGGUCGUACCAAAGAGGCAGAGAAGAUGAUGCUCGAUGUCAUAUCCAGAAAAGGCAACUGCAUAGAAUGUUACCGCCUCCUGUCUGCAAUCUACAGCAAGCGUGGCAACUACACAGAGGCUCUGGAGGCUUUGGACAAGGCCCUGCAGCAGAAUCCCAGUGACCUGACAGUGAGAGCAGAGCUAUAUUUCUCCAAAGGGAACCAGCUCAGAGAGAUGAACCAGCUGGACCGAGCCUUCGAGAGUUACAAGCUUGCUGUUGAGCUCAAACCAGACCAAUCACAGGCCUGGAUGAACAUGGGAGGAAUUCAGCACAUCAAGGGUGGUUGCCCAAGGUGUCUGCUGGCUCGUACUGCCCAAGUCUUCCACUACAGAAACCAUGUUAGAGGCUGACAGAGACCAGCAGCUGUCCUUGGGAAAUGGGCCUUGUUGGACCCAUCCACCGGUUUGAGCCCAAACCGCACGUCCAUUUAUUUCACCCCAUUCAUGGUGUUCACUCACCCCCUUCUGUCUCAAGAAUUUCAUGGAAACAUGCAUAACAGCUGUGAAGUUGGACUACACAUAAGCUGGUAGCAGAAACAGUGUCGUGUUGUGCUGUGAUUUUGAUCCAGGUCAGGCAGAUUUAAACCCAGCUUAAAAUGACCUCAACCUAAUGGCAGAGCUCAGCGGCAGCAGGCAGGACUAAUGUGAAAUCAGAUUUGUAAUAUGUGUGUGUGUGUGUGUUUGUUUAGGGAGAUUAUGCAGCUGCCAGGAUGUACUACCAACGCGCCCUCCUUCUCAGUCCUGGUUCCAAACUUCUGAAGGAAAACCUAGCCAAGCUGGACCGACUGGAGAGGAGACUGACAGGGGCUGUGUAGACUGGUGCCAGUGACAUGACACAGUGGGACAAACACUUGCUCUGGAGCCCAAACACCACCCAUUAAGACUGUUGAAUAAACCUAGUCUGUUACAAUGAUGGGCUGCGUGUAGGAGAGAAAAGAAGUAGGGUGAACCUUCAAAGAGACUGGCCCCCAACUACAGGCCCAAAGCCUUUCCUGAAGGAUAUAAAGAGAAGCUGGUAAGAGCUCUGUGCAUUACCAGCCUGCAUCAGCUUUUCUUCAACAUGCACAUCUGCUUUCAAUAUUUGGGUUUCAUUUUCUUUAAGGCACUUGAUCAGAGAUUUUCCUGAGCUCUGUGCUCUGCCUUUGAAAAUGAUUCACAUAUUUAUAUUAAUGCAAUAAAAGUGUACAGAUUUAAUGAAGGGAACGAGUGGGCAGGUAUUUUCCUGACCCUAAGGUAUCAAUAAUAAAAUGAUGUAGGUUCAGAAGUCACCUGUUUGCUUUGGGGAUCUUUCAGCUCAUGGACACGGAGAACAUCAGAGUCCACUGUUUCAUGCAAACAAACCGUGUCCCAACCUGACAUAAGACACCUACACGUCACACGAAGACAUUUUUGUGAAUGAAUGCCCAUAAACGGAGGUGUAUCGAUUAUUUUUAUGCUUUUGCGUGAAUUAAUAUUGAAGACAAAUCUCAAAUCAAGACCAAGUCUAACCUGACUGUUGGUAAGCCUCAGAGCCAAACAUUUAUGAUGUUGGUAACUUCCAGCUUCUGAAAAUUCCAAAUCCCAGCCAGCAAUGAUUUCCAUCUCCGUCAGUAUCACAGCAAACCAACUCACAUAAACUCUUGGAACGUGCUCUCAUUUGGAUUGUUGUUAUUUAUCAAUUCAAAAUGAAGCGUCUCAGCAAAGUUUUUGAUUAUUAUUUUAAAAUGAGUGGUAGUACAAUGUGGCUUUGGACUUGGAAUCAAUCUGGCACGUUUAAUUCUGAACAACUCUGAAAUUCAGCAGAGCAGCUGUUUGCUGAAACAGUGUCUUGAUGCUCUGAUAUUGUAUCCACGGGACACAAAAGUAGUCCCAUUUCUGCUGUUACAGUUUAUGGCUCCUGCCCUCCAGCAGCUGGGGACUUUCAGACUGCUAACUCUGAACCUCUCUGCAGCAGAAGGAAGUUUUAGUAUGACUGGUUCCUUGUACAUUGUUCAAUGGUAUGAGUGUAACAAUGAUAUGAUUGUAUUCUCUGAUACAUUGAGUCCAUCAUCAAAAAUCACACAGGCAGUGUUACGCUGUCUUGUUUGCAGCAUUGUCUGUCCUCAGACGUUUAACUUUACAUUUUUGGAAAAUAAAAUUUCCCAAACUCUAAUUGAAAAUGAGCAAACAUCAGAUGGUGAAUAAAAAUUUAAAUAAGUUCAUUACAGACAUCAGAUGACCUCUGUCUACGAUGUUUUUUCAGCUAAGAUAAGCAACGCACACCGCUAUCAUACUUGAGCUCCAUUCUUGGGCCUCAUGAUUAAAUCAGUAACUAUCAUCAUCAUCAUCAUCGUUUAUUUGUAUAGCACUUUAAGAACACACCAGGCAGUCCAAAGUGCUGAACAACACAGAUCAAAACAACUACCAAAUUAAAAAUACGAUAAAAUCAUUACAUACAAUAAAAUAAAUAAGAAGGUGUCAAUUUCCUACAGAGUUAAAAGCCAGGGAAUAAAAUUAGGUUUUCAAUCUGGACUUAAAGACCUGCACUGAUGACGCUUGUCUAAUAUGGAGGGGAAGGUUAUUCCAGAGCAUCGGAGCCACAAUUGAGAAAGCUCAGUCUCCUCUGCAUUUCAGCCGCGACUUAGGGACCGACAGCAACAGCUGCUCAGCUGAACGGAGCGAGCGAGGAGGAACAUGUGGCUUCAGCAAAUCAGAUAAGUAGACAGGAGCCAGACCAUUUAAAGAUUUAAAAACCAAUAAAAGGACUUUAAAACGAACCCUAAAUUCAAUGGGAAGCCAAUGCAAGGAAGCCAGAACCGGAGUGAUGUGGUCGAAUUUCCUACUACCGGUUAAAAAUCGUGCUGCCGCAUUUUGCACUAACUGCAGGCGUGACAAGGUGCCCGACCCAACCCCCUAUUAAAAGGGAAUUACAAUAGUCCAGACGUGAGGUGAUAAAAGCAUGAAUAAGAGUUUCCAAAUUGGGUUUGGAUAGGAAAGGCUUAACCUUCGACAGGCGUCUGAGGUGAUAAAAAGCUGAUUUUACCACCCCAUUUACAUGACCUUCAAAAGCACAGAAUCAAGUUUAACACCAAGAUUAGUGAUUGAACUUUUCAGAUGAGAGGUCAAAUCACCAAAAUCAACAUCUGGGGUAUCAAUAGAACGAUGCGGGCCAUAUAAAAUUGCUUCCGUUUUGCGACCAUUAAAAUUCAAAAAAUUAUUUGCCAUCCAUAAUUUAAUAUCGCUAAGACAGUCAAGCAGUGAUUGACAAGGGGAGGUAUCCAAAUGACUAAAAGGUAAAUAAAGCUGACAGUCAUCGGCAUACAAAUGAAAUGACACUCCGUGUUUACGAAAAAUCGCACCAAGGGGGAGUAAGUAGAGCGAGAAAAAUAAUGGCCCAAGGAUAGAUCCCUGGGGCACACCCCAAAGCAGAGGGGCCACAGAGGAAGAGGCCAGUCCCAGCUUGACACAAAAACACAAAAACUAUAUUAACUAAAGAAGAUUAUUUAAAGAUCUGCGAAGUAAGUGGACCCCUUAAGUUUAUAUUUGUAUAAACCAAUGGGAAGUAAGGACAGAUUCAUUUGGAUCCCACUCUGUUGGGAUAUUUAAGUGAAAAUAUGUGUAAAGCUCUCUUAAAAUCUUAUUAUUCUGGUAACAGCUGCUUCCUCUCUAGAUUACCUAAACCAUAUUUAUCUGAUCUCCACUUAUGGCAGAAGCUAGAAUAAACAGCCUGACGUCACAAGUCUUCAGCAAGUAGAAUAAGCUAAUGUGUCGGCUGCUGUGUGGAGCUCCAACUUAUGGGUUCAUGUGCAACAUAACCUCUGAGGAAUGCUGUUUGGCUGAUCGUUGUGGUUUUAUUGAUUCUGUCGAGUGAAUUUUAUUGUGGCAUGAGAUGAAAGUGAAGUGACUAGUGCAGUGACUGGGUUGCACCAAGAAAAUAAAAUAUAUCUUUUAUUAAA